AUGCCGGGAGCCGUGAUCGUGCACCACCACACGAGGUACAAGACGUACCCCGGCGAGCUCACCGGCAUCGUCGUCUUCUCGUGCCUCAUCGCCUCCGUCGCCGGCUGCAUCUUCGGCUAUGACAUCGGCCUCACCUCCGGGUUGACGUCGUCGGAGCCAUACAUGGUCAAGUUUUUCCCCUCCAUCUACGAGGAGAUGAAGAAGCAGGUGGUCGUCAACCAGUACUGCAAGUUCGACAGCCAGAUCCUGACGCUGUUCUGCUCCUCCCUCUUCCUCUCCGCUACGGUGGCCGCCUUCUUCGCCGGCCCAAUGACCCGUUCCUUCGGACGGAAGUGGACCCUGUUCUCCGCCGCGUCCGCGUACGUGGCCGGCGCGUGCAUCGGCGGCGUGUCCGUGAACUUCCCGAUGCUGCUCACCGGCCGGAUUCUCGUCGGCGCCGGCGUCGGCAUCUCCAUUCAAGCGGCUCCGCUGUACAUCUCCGAGAUGGCGCCGGCGCAGCAGCGCGGGAUGCUCAACAUCAUGUUCCAGCUCAUGAUCACUGUGGGCAUCCUGACGGCGAACAUGACCAACUACCUGGGGUCCAAGGUCCCGGGCGGCUGGGGCUGGCGCAUCGCCGUGGCGUUCGGCGCCAUCCCGGCCGCCGUCAUCGCGCUGGGCGCGCUGGCCAUCCCGGACACCCCGACGUCGCUCAUCGAGCGAGGCGACACGGCGACGGCGCGCAAGACGCUGCUCCAGAUCCGGGGCGUCGGCGACGUGCGCGAGGAGUUCGACGACCUGUCCACGGCGAGCGAGGACGCCAAGGCCGUGGAGAGCCCCUGGCGGGAGCUCUUCUUCGGCGGCAAGUACAAGCCCCAGCUGACGUUCGCUCUGCUCAUCCCCUUCUUCCAGCAGCUCACCGGCAUCAACGUCAUCAUGUUCUACGCGCCGGUGCUCUUCAAGACCGUCGGGUUCAAGCAGAACGCCACUCUCGUGUCCUCGGUCAUCACCGGCCUCGUCAACGUCUUCUCCACCUUCGUCGCCGUCGUCACCGCCGACAAGGUCGGCCGACGCGCGCUCUUCCUCCAAGGCGGCACGCAGAUGAUCAUCUCCCAGAUCCUUGUGGGGACGUUCAUCGGGCUGCAGUUCGGCAUGAGCGGGACUGGGGACAUCUCGGAGCAGUACGCCAUGUGCAUCGUGCUGUUCGUGUGCGUGUACGUGGCAGGGUUCGCGUGGUCGUGGGGGCCAAUGGGGUGGCUGAUCCCCAGCGAGAUCUACCCGCUGGCGGUGCGGAAUGCGGCGAUGAGCAUCACGGCGGCCGUCAACAUGUUCUUCACGGCCUUCAUCGGGCAGAUCUUCCUCACGCUGCUCUGCCAUCUCCGCUUCGGCCUCUUCUACUUCUUCGGCGCCUGGGUGCUGCUCAUGACGCUCUUCAUCGCCAUGCUGCUCCCGGAGACCAAGAACGUGCCCGUCGAGGAGAUGGCGCACGUCUGGAAGAAGCACUGGUUCUGGCGGAAGUUCGUCAUCGACACCAGCAAUGACGCCCGCAGCGCCGAGAUGAGGAAGAGGAUAGCACUAGAGAUGAGCUGA